UAGCUCGUUCCGCUUCUCAAUUUCGUCCUUUCUGACAUGAUGUACCGAGAUGAUUCCUUUUAACAACCACCUUCUUUUCCAACAAAGGCAAUUGCCUAAUUUUGAACAAGUUUAGGAAAAUUUUGAUCUUUUAGAAUAUUUUUUGGAGGAGACAAUUGGCUAAGUACGAGUGGAAAGUGUUCCAAUAUGAACUCCUUUCGUUUGCAAGCAGACCAUAUGCAGUCAGAUGCAUCUUUGGUCACAAGCGUACGAAAAGCUACGAGUGUUGAUGAAACAGCUCCUAAAAGAAAGCAUGUACGUAGUUGUAUCGUUUUUACGUGGGAUCACCACACCGCCAAACCAUUUUGGGUUGCCGUAAAGGUACAGCCAUUGUUCGCUAGCGAAAUACAGACUUUUAAGGCCUUAAUUACUGUGCACCGAGUGUUACAAGAAGGUCAUAGAUCUGCAUUAAAAGAUUCGCAACCAGAAAGAGGUUGGCUUAAGACAUGUGCUCGUCAAUUUCCUGGUGGAGAAGGUAUGAAAGGGUACAGUGGCUUGAUUCGAGAUUACGUUGACUACCUGUUGGAUAAGCUUGCUUUUCAUAGUCAACAUCCCGAGUUCAAUGGAACUUUCGAAUACAAGGAAUACAUUAGUCUUCGACAAGUCGACGAUCCCAAUGAAGGUUAUGAAACAGUUUACGACAUGAUGAAUCUCCAAGAUCAUAUUGAUGAUUUUCAAAAGCAAAUCUUCUCUUCCUUUAAGCGUUCGAGUAAGAACGAAUGCCGAAUUUCUGCUUUGGUUCCGUUGGUACAGGAGUCUUAUGGUAUUUACCGGUUUCUAAUAAGCAUGCUGCGUGCAUUAUACAAGACUAUAGAUGCCGCUGAUACUUUAGAACCUUUGAAGCAAAGGUAUAAGUCUCAACACCAUCGUCUUCGUCAAUUCUACGCAGAUUGCUCCAACCUUCGUUACCUUACUAGUUUAAUCUCUGUUCCUCGUCUUCCUCAUGAGCCUCCAGAUUUGGAGGGCGAUGACAAUCUUCCAGAAUUACCAAAGCGGCCUGCUUCCAUAGCGCCACAGCCAACCGGUACAUCUUCCAUUGGUCCUCAACGAACUGGUGGUUCUUCUCCAGUAGAUAUGAGCUUUCCGUCGGCCAGUGAUAUAGAACCUGCUCCUAGUUACAAUGAGCCUGAAUCGAUCCAAGAUUUCUGGUCUGAACCUGCGUACGACCAACAAAUUGCUGCGCAACAACAAUCUCUCGCGGCUCAGCAAGCUGCUGAAAUGGAACGCCAGCGUCUUGCUGCUCAACAACAUCAACAAGCAAUGGAAGCUAUUCAAAAGGCUCAAAUGGAUCAGCAACGAGUUGCUCAAGAACAAAUGCUUCAACAACAGAUGCAAAUGCAAAGUCAAGGACAACUUGCUGGUAUGGAACAGCAGGUUGCUGCCACUAAAGCUCAGUUGGAACAAAGUAAUAUGCUUCUUCAUCAGUAUGAUGCUAGAGUAAGAGCAUUAGAAAACGAGUUAAAUCAGUCAGGUCUUAAUUUACAAGAUCAAAUGCAUCAAAAUGACGAUUUAAUUGAUUCUUUGAGAAGUCAAAUUAACACCUGGAAGAGCAAAUACGAGGCACUAGCUAAGCUUUAUACGCAGUUGCGUCAAGAACAUUUGGAUCUAUUAACUAAGUAUAAGCAGCUUCAGCUUAAAGCAAACUCUGCACAAGAAGCCAUUGAAAAGAAAGAAAGAAUGGAACGUGAAAUUAAGAGUAAGAAUCUUGAGCUCGCUGAUAUGAUCCUUGAGCGCGAUCGUGCUCGUCAUGAAUUGGAUUCAAUGCAACGUUCUCAACGCGACAAACAGGAGACUAGUGAGCGUGAGCUACGCUUGCUACAGGAUAAAGCAAGAAGCCUUGAAAGCAACAAGUCAGCUGAAUUAUCCAAUUUGUUAAACCGAUAUAAUAGGGAAGUCACGCAGUUAGAAGAAAGCCUGCGUAUGAGAGAUCAAGAGAUGGAAAGUUUACGUCAAGAAUUAAGUACCUCUGAAGCUCAGUACCGUAAACUCUUACAAGAAAAAGAAGAAGAAGUGGAAAUCCAAAAGGCUGCCGUUGAUGAAUCUCUCUUGCAGUUAAAGAACCUUCAACUAGAUCGCAGCGAUGUUGACCAAGCUAUGGACUCACAGAUUGAUGAUUUGUUAAAGUCACAACUUGAAAAGUUAAGUGAUAUAGUUAACUCUGUACUCUUUACCGGUAUUCAACGUUUAGACGCUAGUUUGCAUGAGUUGGAUUCUCCUAUGCAUGCAGGAAAUCAAUAUGCAACACCGGAAUUUGUUUUAUCCAUUAUUGAAGAUACAAGUAAUCGCUGUACGGAAUUUGCAACGGCAUUUAACAACUACUUUGCCGAUGGACCUAACGCUGAUCAUUCUGAAGUUAUCAACAGUGUCAACCUCUUUUCAACGUCCAUGUCGGAGGUAUCUAAUAACUGUAAGGGUUUGAGUCGUUCUACUGGUGAUGAUCAAGGAUCCGAUCAGUUGGUAUCGCAAACACGACAACUGAUUGAUUUAGCGAAGCGAUUUUUGUCUAGCUUGUAUUCUCAUUCUACUGUACAUAUGGAUGUUGACCAGAAAACGGAUAUGGUCAUUAACAAGAACGUAGAAAUACAACAACGCUUACAGCAUUUAUCUCAGUACAGUGAAAAAUUCCUAAACAAGGAAUCUGAAAGCGCGGUUGGUCUAUUAAGUGCAGGAGGUGACAAUAUUGAAGAACUGGUAGACAAGCAGUUGGCUGAGACAGCUAAUGCUGUUCAAAAUGCUAUCCUCAAGUUGCAAGGCCUGGCCGCUCAACCGAAAAAUAUCAAUUUGUCUCCUUCUGAAUUGCAAGUACAUGAUUCAUUAUUAGCUGCUUCAAUCGCUAUAACAGAAGCGAUAGCUAGACUAAUUAAAGCUGCCACUGCAUCUCAAGCCGAAAUUGUAGCACAAGGAAAAGGAUCUAGUUCUAGAGGUGCAUUUUAUAAAAAGCAUAACCGAUGGACAGAAGGACUUAUUUCUGCUGCUAAGGCUGUGGCUCGUGCAACCGUCACACUGAUAGAGACAGCUGAUGGAGUGAUUAACGGUAAAGCUAGUUUCGAGCAUUUAAUUGUAGCAUCGAAUGGUGUAGCAGCUGCUACAGCUCAGUUGGUUGCCGCUUCGCGAGUCAAAGCAAACUUUGCAUCCAAGACACAGGAUCAUUUGGAAGAAGCUGCCAAAGCCGUUACAGAUGCAUGUAAGGCCUUAGUAAGACAAGUGGAGACUAUGGCAUUGCGUUCAAAGGAAAUGGAGCACGAAGAUUUCUCUAAUCUAGGUGUUCACGAGUAUCGUCGUCAAGAGAUGGAACAGCAAGUGCAAAUCCUGAAAAUAGAAAAUGAGUUGGUUGGAGCUCGUCGCCGUCUUUUUGAUAUGAGAAAAACUUCUUAUCAUGUUGCUGAUGAGUAACUUAUUCAUUCUUUUUACGUAUAGUUAUGACAAGAAAAAAAUUUUUUCGUACACAUAUAUGGUUAGAUUAUUCUAAGCAGAAGUGUUGCAUUUUAUUAUUUUAGUUAUUAUGUAAAUACAAAUGCCAAAUCUUUUACUUUCAUAGAGGUUUACGUUUGGUAGGUAUAGACCAAAAAAUCAUUAAG